UUUCCGCAGCGGCGACCACAGAAGAAAUAGGUUUCGUCUGCAGCGCUUAGCUGUGUAGCACAUUAGCAGCCUGUGUGGAAGGUAUCGGGUGAAUUUGUUGUUCUCUUUUAAACCACAGUUAAAUAAAUAUAAAGAUGUCUGACGACAGGUCUGAGAGGUCGGAUGGCAAGAUUGUGAAGAUGGAGAUCGACUACAGCUCGACUGUAGACCAGCGUCUCCCUGAGUGUGAGAAAAUGGCAAAAGAAGGGAGACUUCAGGAAGCUGUUGAAGGCCUGCUGUCUCUGGAGAAGCAAACAAGGACGGCUUCAGACAUGGUGUCCACAUCCAGGAUUUUGGUGGCCAUAGUGCAGAUGUGUUAUGAGGCUAAAGACUGGGAUUCCCUGAAUGAGAACAUUAUGCUGUUGUCAAAGAGGAGGAGUCAGCUGAAACAGGCUGUUGCUAAGAUGGUGCAGGAGUGUUACAAAUAUGUGGAUGCUCUUACUGACCUACCCACCAAACUGAGGCUCAUCGACACGCUUCGAACCGUCACAGCUGGAAAGAUCUAUGUGGAGAUUGAGCGUGCCAGGCUCACUAAGACACUUGCCAACAUUAAAGAACAGAGUGGAGAGGUGAAAGAGGCUGCAUCCAUUCUUCAGGAGCUACAGGUGGAAACGUAUGGCUCCAUGGAGAAGAAGGAGAAGGUGGAGUUUAUUCUGGAGCAGAUGAGGCUGUGCAUCGCUGUUAAAGACUACAUCCGCACUCAGAUCAUCAGCAAGAAGAUCAACACUAAGUUCUUCCAGGAGGAGGGCACUGAGGAGUCCAAGUUGAAGUACUACAAUCUAAUGAUUCAAGUGGACCAGCAUGAAGGGUCUUACCUGUCCAUCUGCAAACAUUACCGAGCCAUUUAUGACACUCCCUGCAUCCUGGAGGACAGCUCCAAAUGGCAGCAGGCCCUAAAGAGUGUGGUUCUGUACGUAGUUCUGUCUCCUUAUGACAAUGAACAGUCUGAUCUGGUUCAUCGAAUCAGCACAGACAAGAAACUUGAAGAAAUCCCCAAAUACAAGGACCUUCUGAAGCAGUUCACCACCAUGGAGCUAAUGCGCUGGUCCUCUCUGGUGGAGGAUUAUGGGAAGGAGCUGCGUGAGGGGUCUCCAGACAGCCCUGCCACUGAUGUCUUUACCUACUCAGAGGAGGGAGAGAAGAGAUGGCAGGACCUCAAAAACAGAGUAGUAGAACAUAACAUACGGAUUAUGGCCAAGUAUUACACAAGAAUCACAAUGAAGAGGAUGGCUGGACUGCUUGACCUUUCCAUUGAUGAGUCGGAGGAGUUUCUGUCCAACCUGGUCGUGAACAAGACCAUCUAUGCUAAAGUUGACCGUCUGGCAGGUAUCAUCAAUUUCCAGAGGCCCAAAGACCCCAACGAUCUGCUGAACGACUGGUCCCACAAACUGAACUCUCUCAUGUCCCUCGUCAACAAAACCACCCACCUCAUCGCCAAAGAGGAGAUGAUCCACAAUCUGCAGUAGCCAAGCUUCCUGUUUUGGUUGUUGGAUUGCUUGCGAUCUGACUGAUUGAAUUAUUAUUUUGAUUGAUAUUUUUUUCUCUCUCCACCUUUUUGUCUAGGGGUGGAAUUACUAAAUCUGUCCUUUUUUGAUGUCCCAACAGUUGGCACAAUUGAGAAUUUAUUUUGCAGUAAAAACAAAGCUGUGCUUAAGAACAGGCAUGUUCUUUCAUGGAUCUUUUGCCUGUUAUUUACCUGAACUGAGCUUUGGUGUUGGUCCAAAUUCAGACUUAUUCUAAUUGGAUAUUGGUUGAGAGUGGGGCUAGGAUCUUUAUUAACAGCAGAAAAAUAUGUCAAUCUUGAAUCUGUACUGACACAUCUGUACUCCACACUGUGCACAUUAAGCCUGGGAGUGAGUUGAAGAGUUUAUCAGUGAUUCUCCUUUUUAGUCCAUGUUGCUGAGGAGCGUUUCUGUACACACUGUGUAGGUAGGGUGUUAAAUUCAGUGUUCACCUCACAUGCAGGUUCAUGGCCUUGGUACAUGAAUAUUUCAGAUAGAAAAUAAUGAGGACAAAUUGUAUCGCUGUAUACAACUGUUGCUUCAUGCUUGGUAACAUUUUCUGUGUCUUUUGCGAUGUACACAUUAAAAUCUUUUGGAAGAUA